CAGAAAUACACUGUGGUGAAAUGCUUCGACCUCUUGCCAAAAUGAACACUGAGGAAAAAUGAAGAACAGUGAAGAACGCCAACGAAAAGCUGCAGACCAGAAAUAGCCACACUCCUCUGGAGUCUGAUUCAUCCACAGCCAGCAUAAAAAAGGUUUUCCACCAUGUUUGGAAAGAAAAAGAAAAAGAUUGAAAUAUCUGGCCCAUCCAACUUUGAACACAGGGUUCAUACAGGGUUUGAUCCACAAGAACAGAAAUUUACCGGCCUUCCCCAGCAGUGGCACAGCCUGUUAGCAGACACGGCCAACAGGCCGAAGCCCAUGGUAGACCCUUCGUGCAUCACUCCCAUCCAGCUGGCUCCCAUGAAGACAAUCGUUAGAGGAAACAAACCCUGCAAGGAAACCUCCAUCAAUGGCCUUCUGGAGGAUUUCGACAACAUCUCCGUGACCCGCUCCAACUCCCUAAGGAAGGAAAGCCCGCCCACCCCAGACCAGGGAGCCUCCAGCCAUGGUCAAGGCCAUCGGGAAGAAAAUGGAUUCCUCACCUUCUCACAGUAUUCCAGCGAAUCCGAUACCACUGCUGACUAUGCGACGGAAAGGUACAAAGAAAAGAGUCUCUAUGCAGAGGAUUUGGACCCGUUUUAUAAAGGCAGCCACUCGGCCAAGCAAAAUGGGCACGUAAUGAAAAUGCAACAUGGGGAAGCCUACUAUUCUGAGAUGAAGCCUUUGCAAUCCAACAGAGCCAGGUUUCCUGUUGAUUAUCACACACACUUGGACUCACUGAGCAAACCCAGUGAGUACAGUGACCUCAAGUGGGGGUACCAGCGAGCCUCAAGCAGCUCCCCUCUGGAUUAUCCAUUCCAAUUCACGCCUUCUAGAACUGCAGGGACCAGUGGGUGCUCCAAGGAGAGCCUGGCGUACAGCGAAAGUGAGUGGGGACCCAGCCUGGAUGACUAUGACAGGAGGCCAAAGUCAUCAUACCUGAGUCAGACAAGCCCUCAGCCCGCCAUGCGGCAGAGGUCACGGUCAGGCUCCGGGCUCCAGGAACCCAUGAUGCCCUUCGGAGCAAGUGCAUUUAAAACCCACCCUCAAGGACACUCCUACAGCUCCUACACCUACCCUCGCUUGUCCGAGCCCACAAUGUGCAUUCCAAAGGUGGAUUAUGAUCGAGCACAGGUGGUCCUCAGCCCUCCACUGUCAGGGUCUGACACCUACCCCAGGGGCCCUGCCAAACUACCUCAAAGUCAAAGCAAAGCAGGCUAUUCCUCAAGCAGCCACCAGUACCCAUCUGGGUACCACACAGCCACCCUGUACCACCACCCAUCCCUGCAGACCAGUUCGCAGUACAUCUCCACAGCUUCUUAUCUGAGCUCUCUCAGCAUCUCAUCUAGCACCUACCCUCCACCCAGCUGGGGCUCCUCCUCAGACCAGCAGCCCUCCAGGGUGUCCCACGAACAGUUCCGGGCAGCCCUGCAGCUGGUGGUCAGCCCAGGAGACCCCAGAGAAUAUUUGGACAACUUUAUCAAAAUCGGGGAAGGGUCAACCGGCAUUGUGUGCAUCGCCACUGAGAAACACACGGGGAAGCAAGUCGCCGUGAAGAAAAUGGACCUCCGAAAGCAACAGAGACGAGAGCUGCUUUUUAAUGAGGUUGUGAUAAUGCGGGAUUAUCACCAUGACAACGUGGUUGACAUGUACAACAGCUACCUUGUCAAUGAUGAGCUCUGGGUUGUCAUGGAAUUUCUAGAAGGUGGUGCCUUGACAGACAUCGUUACUCAUACCAGAAUGAAUGAAGAACAAAUAGCUACUGUUUGUCUGUCGGUUCUAAGGGCUCUUUCCUACCUGCACAACCAAGGAGUGAUUCACAGGGACAUAAAGAGUGACUCCAUCCUGCUGACAAGUGAUGGCCGGAUAAAGUUGUCUGACUUUGGUUUCUGUGCUCAAGUUUCCAAAGAGGUGCCAAAGAGGAAAUCACUGGUUGGCACGCCCUACUGGAUGGCACCUGAGGUGAUUUCUAGGCUGCCUUAUGGGACAGAGGUGGACAUCUGGUCUCUCGGGAUCAUGGUGAUAGAGAUGAUUGACGGCGAGCCCCCCUACUUCAAUGAGCCUCCCCUCCAGGCCAUGCGGCGGAUCCGGGACAGUUUACCUCCAAGAGUGAAGGACCUGCACAAGGUUUCUUCAGUGCUCCGGGGAUUCCUAGACCUGAUGUUGGUGAGGGAACCCUCUCAAAGAGCCACAGCCCAGGAACUCCUCGGACAUCCAUUCUUGAAAUUGGCAGGUCCGCCAUCUUGUAUUGUUCCCCUCAUGAGACAAUACAGGCAUCACUGAGCAGAGGAUUCAUAGAGGUGACAAAGCUAGAUGAGAACAUGAGAAUAAUUCAGGAGAACUCAAGGAAACCAGAGAACGUGUAACAGACCUGUAUAUUCCAGACCAGCUGAUUGAUGGGACAGUGUGUUGACCGGCAGGGUUUGGCAGACCAGGGCAUCUUCUUGUGUCUUAAACAGGCAUCUCUCCACUAACAGCUGGUGUGGUCAUUUGGAACACGGCUUUAAUAAGUCAUUAUUAUAUUUUUCAGCCUUUCAUCCAGCAAAUCAGAAUGACCAGUACAAACUCCGUUAUGACAUAUCCUAGCCACAUGCAGGGUAACGCACAGGAUUUUCUAUAUUGAAAGAAUACUUUUCUGGCAAAAAA